UGCCUGGGAGAGCCAUGUGGAAGGAGCUCCAGUCACUUUGAAGUAGACAUUUGAAUGUCUUUUACCGAAAUAAUGAGCAGUCAUUUUUGGUAAUUUUAAUAUAUUUUAGCAACACAUUGCUAAUAGUUUUUUGUUGGUCUAUUCAUCGAGACUGCUGUGAUUUAAAUCAUGGGGAGAUCAAAGACCAAGCACCAGAAGAAAUCCCGAGCCGUGGCCAACCAUGUGGCCGAGGAGACGUACUCGUCCGUCCCCCACUCCUUCGUCUUCCAUCGUGGUCAGGUCGGGAAAAACGUGGGCCAGCUCGUGCUGGACAUGCGGAGAGUCAUGGAGCCGUACACCGCAGAGUCCCUGAAGGUCCGGAAAAAUAACGUCUUGAAAGACUUUGUGGCCGUGGCGGGACCACUGGGAGUGACGCACUUUAUGAUCUUUAGCAAAACCACCACCGGUGUCAACAUGAGACUUGCUCGACUUCCCAAAGGUCCCACGCUUCACUUCAAAGUCCUCAAGUAUUCUCUUGUCAAAGAUGUGGUUUCAUCUCUGAAGAAGCACAGGAUGCACGAGCAGCAGUUCACACAUCACCCACUGCUCGUCCUCAGUAACUUUGGAGUGGAGGGAAUGCACGUCAAACUCAUAACCACCAUGUUCCAAAACAUGUUUCCUUCUAUAAAUGUGCAAACGGUGAACCUCAACAACAUCAAGCGGUGCGUGCUGCUUAGUUAUGACCCGGCAACUCAGGAAAUUCAAUUUCGACAUUACAGCCUGAAGGUCGUCCCUGUGGGCAUGAGCCGUGGCGUGAAGAAGCUGAUGCAGGAAAGGUGUCCCAACAUGAGCAAGUUUGAGGAUAUCAGUGAGCUGCUGAUAAAGGGAGCCAACCUUUCAGAAAGUGAAGCCGAACAAGAUGGAGAGUACAACAUAACUGAACUUCCCCAGGUUUACUCCGGAAGAGGCAACAUGGCAUCCCAACAGAGUGCUGUCCGUUUGACUGAAAUUGGUCCUCGCAUGACUCUGCAGCUGAUGAAGAUCCAGGAGGGGAUGGGUGAUGGGAAUAUCCUUUACCACUCCAUGAUCACCAAGACGGAGGAGGAAAUCCAGGAGAUCCUUGAGAGGAGGGAGGCCCGGAUGAAGGAGAAGGAAGAACGGAGGAAAAAACAGGAGCAGAAUAUUUCUUUGAAAAAAGAAAAACAAGAAGAGCACAAAAAGAAGAGCCUGGAAGGUAUAAAGAACAAGCAAACUAAAGAGGAGGAUGACAGUGACGUGGAGGAUCCAGGGCUGCAGGAUGGUGAGAGGGCGACUGUUGAAUCUGACGAUGACAAGGAGUACUACAGACAGGCGGUGGGGGAAGAGCCAGACGAAGAUAUGUUUCCAAAAACCAAAAAGAGGCAGUUCUCGGAUAAGUCUCAUGGACCAUUCAAGAAGAGAAAAAUGUCCCCUGGGAAAUCUCCAAAUGACAGAGAUUCCAGAUCACCAAAAAGAACAGGUCCGGGAGGCCAGCAAAGAGACAGAAAAGGGAAAGACCAACCGGGAAAAGUAUGGAAGAAGUCCAAGGAGGGUGAAAAAGUAUUUGGAAAGAAUAGGAGCCCUGCAGGAAAAGCCUUCCGUUCAAAGAACACUGGGGAAAGGGAAAACAAAUUUGGUGGCAAAAAGAAAUUUGAUGGAAAAAAGAAAUUUGAGGGAAAUAAAAAUAGAGACAAAUCUAAAAAUCAGAGGGGUAAGUCGGGCUUCAAGAGUGGAGGAACAAAACAAGGCUUCAAACAGAGGAAGGGAAAAGGCUUUGGAGCUGAAGCCAGGAUGGCCUUCAACGUCUCUGCGUGUGAGAGGUUUCAGAUCGGUUUGCUGCCUGCUAUGUACAGCGUUGAGUUCGUCGUGGCCCUUGCAGGAAACCUGUUCGCCCUGCGGCUGCUGCUGCUCAGAGAAAGAGGGAACUGGCACUCUGGCGUUGUCCUGUCCUGCAACUUGGCCAUCAGUGACCUGCUGUACAUCCUCACCCUGCCCCUGCUGAUCGUUUACUAUUCACUGGGGAAACACUGGAUGUUCGGGGACACCAUGUGUAAGAUCGAGAGGUUUCUUUUCACCCUAAACUUAUACGUGAGCAUCUUCUUUGUCAUGGCGAUAAGUGUGAACCGAUGUGUGGCCCUUGUGUGGCCAUUUUUUACUCGCUCAAAGGUGGAGCCUGCACACAUUAAGGCCAUUAGUGUCGUCAUAUGGAUUGUUGUCGGAGUGAUUUCCUGCCCAGUGCUUAAAUUUGCUUCUGUUUGUCAUCAUGAGUACAAUAACCAGACCCUGUGCGUGUCCUUCUGUGACAGGAUCUCUAAUGAUGCAAAGCCUCACUUCACUUACAAACUAUUUCUGACUGUGUUUGGGUGUCUUGUUCCCUUUUUGGUUACUUUCAUUUCUUACUGUGUGGUGGUACGGGUAGUGUGGCAAAGUGUUAGUAUCACAAUUCUUGAAAAACGCAAGAUCGGCCUUCUAGUCAUGUCAGUGAUUCUGCUUUACGCAAUUUCCUUUGUGCCUUAUCAUGUUUCGCAAACUUAUCUCCUGUAUCUGAGAGUCCACAAUCCUCUCAACUCUGUGUGCUGGGUCUACAAAAUGUACCAAGUCUCCAAAGGACUGGCAACCCUGAACAUGUGCAUCCAUCCCAUCCUCUACAUGGCUGUGUUUGACAGCAUAAGAGUGGCAUGUUGUGGCAAGACCUCAGAGGACAACACGAGGGUGCAAAUGAGGAAGUAGAGCUGCCGCUCAGUG